AUGUUGCCUGCCGCCUUCUUGUUCCUGGCCUCCAUCUUGGCUCUUGGGAGCCCCAGACCGUCUCUGAACUAUUUGCAGAACCACUUUUCAGUGGAGGGCGAGUCGGAAGAGGUUCGUUCAGCUGCUCUCAAAAGGCUUUUGGAAGUGUUUGGCUUGGAGGACCAUCCUGCCUCGCCUCCUCGGUCCCACAAGCAGCCUCCUCAGUACAUGCUGGACCUGUACAACACGGUGGCGGACGUGGACGGCGUGACCAAAGACCCCACGGUGCUAGAGGGCAACACUGUCCGCAGUUUCUUCGACAAACUGCGCAGUGACCAAAUCGAGUUUCUGUUCAACUUGUCCACCGUGGCGAGGAGCGAGAAGGUCCUCACUGCUGAGCUCCAUCUGUUCAAACUGAGACCUCAAGCAUCGCUCACUUUCAACAGGCAUCACUUCUGCCAGGUCAGUGUCUAUCAGGUUAUUGAUGGCAGCAAAAUGAACAUCAGCCAGAGCAAGAAGCUUGUGUCUUCAAGGCUUAUUCCGAUACAUUCCAAUGGCUGGGAAGUGUUCACCAUCACUCAAGCUAUCCGGACAUGGACUUUGGAUGAGCACAGUAACCUGGGUUUGCUGGUCACAGUGCAGACUCUAUCAGGCUCUCACACUGACCUGAGGACCAUGCGAUUUGCCUCAGGCCAGAGCCACCACCACAGCAAACAGCCCAUGCUGGUCCUCUUCACUGAUGACGGAAGGCGUGCUCCCUCACUGGAGGGUUCUGAAGAUUCCUCAGCUGGUUCCAGUCUCCCUGUCCCCAGCCUGACACUCCCAGCGGCGGGGCAUCGCAGAGCCCGCUCCCUCGACUAUGAGGAGGACCGGGACAAGAUGUCAUGCCAGCGCCUUCCUCUUUACGUCGACUUUGAGGAGAUUGGCUGGUCAGGGUGGAUCGUGUCCCCUCGUGGCUACAACGCUUACCACUGCAAAGGCUCCUGCCCCUUUCCUCUGGGUCAGAACAUGAGACCCACUAACCACGCCACUGUGCAGUCAAUCAUCAAUGCACUGAAGCUUACUAAAGGCAUUGAGACGCCCUGCUGUGUGCCUGACAAGCUCUUCUCCAUCAACCUCCUGUACUUUGACGAUGAUGAGAAUGUAGUGCUAAAGCAGUACGAUGAUAUGGUGGCAGGAAGCUGUGGGUGCCACUGA